AUGUGGACCACGGCACGUGAUGCUAUCGGCGGUUUCUUAUCGAUUUCCUGCCUGAGGUGUCUAUUCAACAUCCAAUACUACUUAGAGUCCGUUUUCCCCUUCGCCGUCUCGGUCUGCGUUGAUCGCACGCUCCUGGCCAUGCCCUUACGAAUCACUUCGGCCCCCGUUUCCGGUGUCAAAAAGAAAAGGGCGGCAACGAGCACAAAGGCUCGUAUCUCCCCUUUUGCCAGCCAUGCUUGCCGCAAAGCCACCACACAGUCACCGCUCGCCUCCAAAUCCGAAGCAUCUCUAGAAGAUGACCAAGAACCUCUACCAGACCUGGGCUUAUCGCGAUACGUCGCGGAGACUUCGCCGGUCAACGAUGUUGCCCACGCUAUCAGCCACAUUCGUGACUGCAUGUUUGAGGAUCUCCCUGCGCGAGCGGGGAUGAACAGUACCCGCAUCGCUGAAGUGCUUAGCACUCGCCGCUCGCUGCCCCCCUUAGUCUCGGUGGCCCAUGUUCAUACUUUACUAGAUGCACCCACCAAAGUAGAGAAAGAGAUCAUAGAAUUAGUGACCAGCGGCCGCGUGCGUCGUUUGGUGGUCCCUGGAAGAGGGAACGGUGCCGCGGGGCUUGGGGAUUGUCUUGUCCUUUCCGAAGACUGGGACAGGCUUGUGCACGAUUGCCGUGAUCUGGAGCCAUCCAUCAAGGAGAAGUUGCUCACUGUGUUGAAUCGGAUUGGUAAUAAAUCCGCGGUGCCCGGCGCAGCCUUCACCGCGCCGGAAUAUAUGGCCUUGAUCCACGCUGGAUUUCUGGUCUGCUCCUCGUCUCUGGCUCAAGGAUCAUCAGGCAUGACCUUACUCCCCAGUCUUCCGUCGAUGUCGCCGGCUGGGAACCCAGCUAGCCGAAGUGAUAGUGUCGCUUACUCGAGCGGUACGGAAGCUCUCGAUCGUUCGAAAUUCCACACGGCAACUUUUCUUCUUUCUUUGCCAAAUACAGGGCCUUAUCUUCGCCUUCUGGAGGCCGGGCGCACACACUUACUAUCUCUCUUAAAGAAAUCAAGCGCCUCUGAAGUACCCCUUGACGUCCUUCGAGACCGCUGGGAUGGUGCGAUCGAGACGGAGAAAAGUUUUGAUUUGGCCAAAAGAGUACGGGGUGAGUUUGCCGGCAUAUUGCCGGGCAGAACGAAAAAGUGGAAAGCCCUCUACGGGAUGAAUUUCCGAUGGAUAGUAGAGGAGGCUAUCGGAGCCGGACUCGUCGAGAUCUUCGAUACGGGCAGUGUUGGUCCUGGGAUACGCUGUCUUUGA